AUGCUGACCGCCCCACUUGUGCAGAGCUCGCGCUCUACUUUGCUACACCACCCGUCGUUUUCACUGCUAGGAAAGUCGGAGAAAGUUUAUGCGUCUGUCGCGCGACGCCUUGACCGCGCCCAGCACGGGUACGCGUCUCAAACCAUUGCAACCGUUUCACGGUCGAUCCUUCGCCCCGGGACCGCUACUCCUGCUGCAUUGUCUCUGACUACGAGCCGCAAGUACAACACCGGGUCCCGUUUACCACCCGCUUAUCCCGGACACAUACCCCUAAGCACGUUGGAGAAUGGCAUUCUGGCAGUGGGGUCAGCCGUCAUGGCGUUCCUGGACCCCCGACGUGCAGAUAUGGUGGCUGCCCUCGGCGAAACAACUGCUGGAUCUACACUUGUGAAGCUCCGCGACGCGAUGCUAGAGUCUCCCGAGGGCCGACGCAUCCUACGUGAUCGACCACGCAUACAUUCAACCACGAUUAACAUGGAUCGGCUACGAAGCUUGCCGAAUGGGACAUGGGGGAGGGCAUAUGUGGGCUGGUUAGAUUCUUGUCGCGUCACCCCGGACUCGAGAGAUCCGGUUCACUAUAUCUCCGAUCCCGAACUCGCGUACGUCAUGCAGCGCUACAGAGAAACGCACGAUUUCUAUCACGCCCUCUUCGGGUUACGCGUGAAUGCCCUCCCCGAGCUCGCCGUCAAGGCCUUCGAGUUUACCAAUCUGGGCUUCCCCAUGACCGCCAUGGCUCUCGGGGCUGCGGUCAAACUCAAGCCUGCUCAGCGCGAGAAGCUUCUUUCUCAGUACAUUCCCUGGGCCGUCAAGUGCGGAAGUAGCUCUCGGAAUCUCUUGACUGUGUACUGGGAGAAGAGAUGGGAGCAGGACCUCAGCGAGCUGCAUAAAGAGCUUGGAGUUUGGAACCCACCAGCAUGA